CAGAGCGAGGAGGUGGGGGGAGACUAGCCAAUCAGGGUGCAGAACAAGACGAGGAAGGGGGCGGCAGAGUGUCUCCCGGUCGUGGUCCGGGCUGCAGGAGCUGGUGUCAGGGUUGCCGGGCGUGCGAAGGUGGCGGAGGCGGGAAAGGCAGCUAGCGGUUAAAGGGGAGCGACCGCUGACUUGCAGAGGAACCUGGAGGAGAGAUGGUGAUGGCGGCUAAGAAGGGCCCGGGCCCGGGUGGUGGAGUCGCAGGGAGCAAAGCGGAGGCUGAAGCGGCUUCGGAGGUGUGGUGCCGCCGAGUGCGGGAGCUGGGCGGCUGCAGCCAGGCCGGGAACCGCCACUGUUUCGAGUGCGCCCAGCGCGGGGUCACGUAUGUGGACAUCACCGUGGGCAGCUUCGUCUGCACCACCUGCUCCGGCCUCCUGAGAGGCCUGAACCCCCCUCAUCGGGUCAAGUCCAUCUCCAUGACAACUUUCACUGAGCCUGAAGUCCUGUUCCUCCAAUCUCGUGGAAACGAGGUCUGCCGGAAGAUCUGGCUUGGUCUUUUUGAUGCUCGGACAUCGUUGGUACCAGACUCCAGGGAUCCUCAGAAGGUGAAGGAGUUUCUGCAAGAAAAAUAUGAGAAGAAAAGAUGGUACGUCCCCCCAGAGCAAGUCAAGGGAGCCUCUUACAGCAAAGGCAGUGUCUCUGCUACCCCUGUCCAGGGCGCUGUCCCAGAAGGGAAACCCAUUCGGACACUUCUGGGAGAUCCUGUGCCAUCUCUUUCAGAUGCUGCUUCCACUUCAAGCCAGUCUGUCAGCCAGUCUCAGGCUCGCACGGCACAGGCCAGGAGCUCCCAGCCUCCUUCCCAUUCAUCCACCAAGAAAGCCAGCACUGACCUGCUGGCCGAUAUUGGAGGAGACCCCUUUGCUGCUCCCCAGGUGGCACCGGCCUUUGCCUCAUUCCCAGGUUUUGGAGGCCAGAAUCCUUCCCAUGGAGGCUUUGCCAACUUCGAUGCCUUCAGCAGCAGCCCUAGCUCUUCUGCCUUUGGAAGCCUCCCUCCAUCGGUCCAAACCCCGUUCCAGGCCCAGCCGACCCCUGCAGCCAAUCGGAUGCUAACUGGAAGUUACAGCUUUGGGAGUAGCCAGAUGUCUGCGUUUGGUGUUGCACCCCUGGCAGCUGCCAGUCAACCCAACAGCCUUGCAGAUGUGGGUGGCCUCCUGGGACCCAGGAUGGCUGCUGGAGGUCUCCCUGGCAGUGUUUUCGGGAUGCCCAGCCAGGUUCCUGCCCUGCAGCCGGCUGUGCCAGGGGUCAGCGGCAGCGCAGGGCUCCCCUUUGCAGGUGAGUCCUACCUGUGGAGACCCAGAAGGGGAGGUGGGAGAAGCACCCCGAGACUGAGAGAACUCAAACCAUCUUUUUCUCUAACCUCUCCCCCCUCCUCUCUCUCUGUUGUGAGCAGCCUUCACCAAUCCCUUCACCACCCCUGCCCAACCCCAGCUGCCUUCCACCAACCCAUUCCAGCCCAAUGGUGUAGCCUCAGGGCCUGGCUACGGGAUGAGCAGUGUUCAGCCUGGCCUUCUCCAGCCAGCGCCACCCUCCGGAGCCUUUGCCAGUACCUUCCCCGCCCCGGUGUUCCCCACACAGGCUGGACUGGUGGAACAGCAGAAUGGUUCUUCCUUUGGCGACCUGGGGACCUCCAAGCUAGGGCAGAGGCCACUGAGCCAGCCGGCUGGGAUCUCCACCAAUCCUUUCAUGACUGGAUCCUCGGCGUUUGCCUCCAAACCUCCAACCACAAACCCAUUCUUGUAGCACUGUGUCAUUGGGGGAGGAAGGUGCUCUCCCCUACUUGGGGCGUGGGGGAUGACGUCUACUUCUGCUUCCCCCCUCGGAGCCCUGGUGACCAUUUGCCUGUGGGGCAUCUCUGUGGGUCUGAGGCUGGGGUUUGCCCCUGGUUUGCUGGGCUUACAGAUCUGGGAACAGGGAGGUUUGGAAGCGUAGCUUGAGGCUUGCAGAUGAAUCAGACUCUAGCCUCCCCAUCUGCCGCCCGGGGGCUUCCUCUUCCUCUCUAGGAAGGAGCCCCGAAGGAGCAAAGAUACCCUCACCAGGAGGCUCCACAGUGGUGUAUUCCUGUCAGAUCAUUAAGUACGAAGGCAGCCUCCGAUCCUGUCCCUCCUGGACUGUAGGGAGAGAAGUUAGGCACAGCCCCAGCAGCAGCCUUCCCCCCAGGGGGAGCAGCUUCUCCACACACAACCUUCCAAAGCUGCCGCCACAGUCCUCCCUGACAGAAGGGAAGCGGGAAUGUAGGGUAAAGAUGAGGUCUGGUGUUGAAAGCCACCAGGCAGCCCUGGGAGUGUGGCGCUUCUGGCGUCCAAUACUUUUGUUUUCCAGGCUCAGUUCUUCCUAGCUGUCCCCACAUCCUGGCCAGCAGGGUAGGGGAGACUAUGCUUGCCCGCCUCCUGUCAAGCACUUUAGUUAGCCCUGUCAUGUUUGGAUACCAGUGUUUUAUAUUUAUAAAUAGAGAAUUUUCUAAUAUAGCCUAUUAUAUACAUAAAUAUAUAUAUAUAUAUGCACACACAUAUGUAAACAGGUAAACCCCGCCAGCCAUUCUGUUUUUCCCAGACAACCCUUUAAGUUGGGGGAUGGAGUGCGGGGGGCUUUGGCGCAGGCCUGUAGUCCUAGAACUUGGGGGACUUGGGGAGGAGGAUCACAAGUUCAAGACUAACCUGGACAAUUUGGAGAUCCUGUCUCAAAGGAAAAGGACAGAAAGUGUUAAAAAAGGCUUCGGUGGUAGUGCAGUGGUAGAGCACCUGCCUAGACUCCUCCUGGGGACUUGAAGAAUGGGGUAGCUCAUGCCCGUGCCUGUACAAUCAAACCUGGGGCCCCAGGGCUCCGGAGAGGACAACCAAGUGUCCUGAUGCUUUCCAGACCGCCGAGUACCCCAGAGCAAAGCCUAGGCUGUCCAGUGAAAAGUCUAUGAUUAGCCGGGGAGUUCGGUUUGUUUCUUUUUCUUCUUUCCACAUUCCUCCCUCUGCUCCCAAAUAUCCGCACCAAAGCUUGUUUGGAGGCAAUGUUGGAAAAGAUUGCGUUUGAAAGGAUUAAAAAAAAAAAAAAAAAA